GAAAGCCAAUAACGACAACGAGAUCAUCAUCAGGAGUUGAGACUUCAACCCUAGCAACGAGCUCAGCGAUGUUAGGUGACAAAAUAGGGGAGGUGGUACAGAAGGGCGGUGUGAAGACUAUAACCCUAUCCAUCAUUAUCCAUGUAGCCCGACCCCUGGUCCCUGGUCCCUGUUCUCUUCCCUCUCACUCUCUCACUUAAAUCGAGCCUGUCCAUACCCAGCCCAGAUCCGUCUCAGUUGUUCAACCUCUGGUCAUCAUUUUCGUUGGCGGCAACCAUAACCCGACCUAUCUCACCAUGCCACCUGAAACCCGUCUCUGUCCACCCUCCAGUUUUACAGAUCCCUAUUCUUUCUCUUCUUCCAUGGCUCCCUAGUGACAACCAUGAGUUCUGGUACAUUGUUGGAGUUAGGCCCGGUGGCCACAGAACCUUCGACCACGAAGAUUGCAUUGGACGUGUGCUUGUAUCCACCAAGUUGUUACAAUGUCGGCAGAUUCUUUCGAUCAUUGACAAUGAUGCCAAAAUAGCUAAGGCAGACUCAAUGAUUUGGGUUUUGGUUCCAACAAGACCUCUAGACACAGGUCAACAACGAAAGGGGGAAAUGAUAGGUGAUGGUGAGAAUCCAAGCAUCUUUAAUGUAGUCGUUGUUCACCUUGUCCAUUCUAGCAUCUCCAGUGGUGCCAUAUCCUAUAUCUGGGUGGAUAUUGUUGUUGUGAGUAUGUUCAGGCAGUUUGGAGUUGGAUUAAUUAGUGCUCAUCAUUUGUCAUUGUCGUCAUUGUCCCGGCCUCAGCUACACUCUCACCAAAGAAGAUGAAAUAUGAAGAUUUCUGCCAUAUUGCUUCUGUAUGUACGGAGCAAAUAGGUCCAAGGUGUUGAUGGUUUUUCAGCCCUUCAAAUUUUAUAAAGAUUGAGAAAGAUGAGUCUGGAAGAAUUUCCAUCCUGUCGUUUUACCUUUAUGUGAUGUGCACAGUUUCCCUCACUAAAGCGAGAAUUGAUAUGAGCGAGCUUGAUGAGGAUUCUGAUGAUUUCCUUCACUCUCAUGAAAUGGAGGCCUACAUUAGAGGUCUUAUUCCUAAUCUGGCACAACUACAAGGUAGGCCUGCAGCUUUUAUUCAAAUGAACUGCCGCAUAGCUGCACGCAAGUUUUUCUUCUUUUGUGAUCCUCACAGGCGAGGUAAAGCAUGCAUAAAGAAGGUACUACUUAGUAAUUGCCUCCAGGAACUCAUGGAACUACACCAGGAAAGUGAGGAAGAAGUCACUGAUACUGAACAAGCUGAAAACCRGUUCUCAUCCGCACAACUGAUAUGUGAUAUGUUUCUUGCUCUAGAUAAAGUUUUGAAUGGGACAUUGAGCAAGCAGGAGCUUCGAGAAUAUGCAGAUGGUACAUUGACAGAAAUAUUCAUGGAGCGGGCAUUUGAUAAACGUGUUCAGCAUGGCAAAAAUGAUGGUGGUGGUGAUAAUGCAUGGGAGAUGGAUUUUGAAAGUUUCCUUGACUUUGUUUUGGCCCUAGAAAACAAAGAUACACCGGGAGGAUUGACAUAUUUGUUUCGGUGUUUGAUCUCCAUGGAAGAGGGUACCUUACAACAGCUGAUAUCCACACACUUUUCAGAGAUGUACAUCAAAAAUGAAUCGAGGGAGGGAACUACAGGCUGCGCAUUGAGGACGUAAGAGAUGAGAUAUCAAGAUUCCUUAAAUUGCAUUUGCAGAGAGCACAACAGCACAUGGAGUUGGCCUACGACCACAAUCACCGAGAGCUUGAAUUGGAAGCUGGGCAUUGGGUCUAUUUGAAGCUCCAGCCUUACCGGAAAGCUUCAGUAGCCCGACGAGUUUGGCAUAAGCUAGCUCCUAAGUAUUUUGGCCCAUUCAUGGUGAUUGAACAAGUGGGACAGGUGGCUUACAAAUUGGAGCUUCCUACUUGCUCGAAAUUACACCCGACUUUCCAUGUUGGUAUGCUGAAGCCUUGCCUAAGCCCUACAACUAAGGUCAGCCCGACCCUUCCGCAAUUCACAGAAGACGGGGAUAUACUGGUUGAACCAUGACAAAUCAGGAAUGUAAGAGGGGUCAAGAUAGGCAAAAACUUACACAAGCAGGCCUUAGUCAUGUGGAAAAACUUGUCACCAGAAGUUGCCACUUGGGAGGACUAUGACAAACUACAAGAUCAGUAUCCCCAUGUCAACCUUGAGGACAAGGUGUUUCUUGAAGAGGGUGGGACUGAUAGGCCCCAACUAUCUAUUCGGGCCCACAACAUGAGACCCAGGCCAAGACACACAUCAACCAGGCCCAACACAAGAGAAACACCUGAUCACCCAUGUGCAACCUCCACUGAGGUUCGUUUACGUGAGGAGGCCACGUCCCUCCAGUUAGUUAGCAGUCACAGUCUAGUCCAUGUGCAGGAGAAACUGAAGAGAGAGUAUAAAUAAUUGUAACCCCCCAUCUAUUCGAGGCAUGAAAUGAAAUAAUCCUUUAGUCUUCUA